AUGGAGAAGAAAAAGAAAUAUAUAUUAGAUUCCAACAGUUUAAUUAAAUUUAAAGAUUUUUUAUUUUAUAAAUAUGACUGUUAUAUAACUGAAGGGGUAAUAAAAGAAAUAAAAGAUGAGAAUUCAAAAAAGAAAUUAAUGAAUAUUCUUCCUCUUUUAAAAAUUGAGAAACCAGAAGAAGUAGAUAUAAAUUUUAUAAGAUAUUUUUCUAAGCUAACUGGAGAUCUUAACUCAUUAAGUUCUGUCGAUAUAGAAGUUAUAGCAUUAACAUAUAUGCUUCAUAGGAAAUAUGGAGAUGUCACAAAAUUAAGAGCAACACCUUUAGAAACUAUUUAUAAAUAUGAUGAUGUUGAAUAUGAAUAUGUGAAGAAUGUUAAUAAAAAUGAUAAGAAAAAAAAAAAAAAGAAAAAUAAUAAAAUAAAUGAAAUCCACUUUGAUGAUCAUGAUAAAGAGAAAGAAACAGAUGAUGAAAAGGAAACAGAUGAUGAGAAAGAAACAGAUGAUGAAAAAGAAACAUAUAAUGAAAAAGGAAAUGAUGAUGAAAAAGAAACAUAUGAUGAAAAAGAAACAGAUGAUAAAAAAGAAACAGAUGAUGAAAAAGAAACAUAUGAUGAAAAAAAAACAAAUGAUGAAAAGGAGCAUGAAAAUAUUAAAAGAGAAGAUCAUAAUACAAUACAAAAUGGGGAAGGAGAAUUAUUAAAAGAAAAAGAAAUUUACAAGGAAAAAUUAUUACAAGUAUGUAAUGAUAACAAUAUGAGUGAUGAUAAUAAUCAUGUUGAUAAAAAUGAAAUUAAUUACUUUGAACAUGAUAAAUGUUCACAUGGAGAUGAUAACACCUCAGAAAAAAGUGAUAAGCUCUCCCAUUUAAAUGAUAAUAUAUCAAAUGAAAGUAAUAGCAUUUCUUAUAAUAAUAGUGACAUUUCUGAUGACAAUGUUAGCGAUUUUUUUGCAAGUGACGAGGAAAAGGAACAUUUGAAGAAAGGAAAGAAUAAAUUUAUUGGUUGUCAAACAAUAAAAGAAGAAGUGGUAAAAGUAUUGUCAAAUGAUAAUGGCAGUGAUGAUGAUGAUCAUAAUGAUGAUGAUAACAAUAGUGAGGACGACAAUAUUAAUGAUGGUAAUGAUAAUAAUGAUGAGGGGGGUGAUUGGAUAAAUCUUAACAACUUUGACAAAAUAAAUUUAAAUAUUAAUACAGAUGAAAGUUUUAAAGAGACAGUUGCAUGUAUAACUACAGAUUAUGCAAUGCAAAAUGUGUUAUAUCAAAUAGGAUUAAAUGUCAUAACUAUAGAUGGUUAUAAAAUAAAUUCCAUAAAAUUAUGGGGUUAUUUUUGUACGUCUUGUUAUUUUUUUAUGAGAACAAAUAAUUUAUUAUUUUGUAAUAAAUGUGGAAAUAAUAAUCUAAGAAAAGUUAAUGUUCAUGUUGAUAAUAAUUUAAAAAAGCUAGUUGUUAAAAUCCCACAAAUAAGAGUUAAUAUAAAAAAUACAAUUUUUAGUAUACCCAAAAAAAAAAAUAAUAACAAUAAUAAAAAUAAAUAUGAAAAUAAAUUACAAAUUUUUAGAGAAGAUGAACUGUUAAUAGGAGGAAGAAAACAAUUUAUAUCUCAUCAAAAAAAAUUAUAUGAAUCACAAAAAAAUAUUAACGAUCCUUUUAAUGAUGAUAAUUUUUAUGAUUCAACAAAUUGUUUUAUUAGAACCAAACUGAAAAGUGGAAAAGUCGCUGUUUUGAAAAAUCCAAAAAUUCUGGUUGGGGGGAAAAAAAAUGUCCACAGAAGGAAGAAAUGA